AUGAAGCUCUUCCUCGGCCUCCUCACUCCCACCUCCGGCACCGCCGAGGUCCUCGGCGAAAAGCCCUACGAAAACGUCGAGGUGCGCGUGCGGCUCGGAUACAUGCCCGAGCACGACUGUCUCCCCGACGCCAUCACCGCUUCCGAGUUCCUCGGUCACAUGGCCCAGAUGAGCGGCAUCCCCGCCGUCACCGCCAGGACCGCGCCGCCGACAUCCUCCGCCACGUCGGCCUCGACGAGGAGCGCUACCGCCACAUCAAAGAGUACUCCACCGGCAUGA